AUGGCCAUGGAAGAGCAGCCGCUCAGCUCCAGCCCCAGCAUGGUGAUCCUGUCGCUCUUGAAGAAUAACCCAGAGGCCGUCCUGGCGCUGGUCGCCGUCGUCACCAUCGUCACCUUGCGCCACUUGAUCUCCUCAUGGCGGCAGCAGGCCCGGCUGCCCCCGGGCCCGACGAGCCUCCCGGUGAUCGGACACCUGCACCUGCUCCACCCGCCGGUGCACCGCACCUUCCAGGAGCUGGCGUCCCGGAUCGGUCCCCUGAUGCACAUCCGCCUCGGCUCCACGCACUGCGUGGUAGCCAGCACCCCGGAGGUGGCCAGUGAGCUCAUCCGCGGCCAUGAGGGCAGCAUCUCGGAGCGGCCGCUCACGGCGGUGGCUCGCCAGUUCGCCUACGACUCGGCCGGCUUCGCCUUCGCGCCCUACAACACGCACUGGCGCUUCAUGAAGCGCCUCUGCAUGUCGGAGCUCCUCGGCCCGCGCACCGUCGAGCAGCUGCGCCCCAUCCGCCGCGCCGGCACCGUGUCCCUGCUGGGGGACCUGCUGGCCUCGUCGGCGCGCGGGGAGACGGUGGACCUCACCCGCCACCUCAUCCGCCUCUCCAACACCUCCAUCAUCCGGAUGGUCGCCAGCACCGUGCCCGGCAGCGUCACCGACGAGGCGCAGGAGCUGGUCAAGGCUGUGGCCGAGCUGGUCGGCGCCUUCAACGCCGACGACUACAUCGCGGUGAUCCGUGGCUGGGACCUCCAGGGCAUCCGCAGGAGAGCCGCCGACGUCCACCGCCGCUUCGACGCCCUGCUGGAGGACAUCCUGAAGCACAAGGAGGAGGCAAGGGCGGCGCGAUGGCACGACGACGAUGACGGCCAUGGCAGCAGCAAGCUCGACAAGAAGCAGGCGACGCACAGCAAGGACCUGCUCGACAUCCUCAUGGACAAGGCGGAGGACCCGGCGGCGGAGGUGAAGCUCACCUGGGAAAACAUAAAGGCCUUCAUCAUCGACGUUGUGACGGCUGGCUCAGAUACGUCGGCGGCCAUGGUGGAGUGGAUGCUGGCGGAGCUGAUGAACCACCCGGAGACGCUGCGCAAGGUGGUGGAGGAGAUCGACGCGGUGAUCGGCGGCGACAGGAUCGCCAGCGAGGCGGACCUGCCGCAGCUGCCGUACCUGAUGGCGGCGUACAAGGAGACGCUGCGCCUGCACCCGGCGGCGCCGAUCGCGCACCGGCAGUCGACGGACGAGAUGGUGGUCCGGGGCUUCACCGUGCCGCCGCAGACGGCGGUGUUCAUCAACGUGUGGGCCAUCGGGCGCGACCCGGCCUACUGGGAGGAGCCCCUGGCGUUCCGGCCGGAACGGUUCAUGCCCGGCGGCGCCGCCGAGAGCCUGGAGCCCCGCGGGCAGCACUUCCAGUACAUGCCCUUCGGCAGCGGUCGCCGGGGAUGCCCCGGCAUGGGCCUCGCGCUGCAGUCCGUUCCCGCUGUGCUGGCGGCGCUCGUGCAGUGCUUCGACUGGGCCACCGUCUACGGCGAUAGCGGGGUGAUCAACAGCUCCAAGAUCGACAUGUCGGAGUCGGACGGGCUGGUGUGCGCUCGCAAGAAGCCGCUUCUGCUCCGCCCCACGCCUCGCCUCACCCCCUUCCCGGCCGUCGUCUAG